AUGCGAAGCACGAGUAUUGUGCGAGCAGAGGGAUCUCCCCAGAGCUCAGCCCCAUCAACUCCAACCCCACUGACCCGAGGGGGUCUGGUAACGGUCGAGAAUGCACUGGUGUCAUCGGCUCUCGCGACUCGAGGUGCUCCUAGCCAGGAGAACAUCCAGCUUUGCUGCCAAGGUAAGUUGGCCUGCUACCACAUACCUCCCGCUAAUUCAGGAUUGCUAAUCACUUCAGUAGAGAGCACGAAGAAUCUCCAGUUUCCAGAGAUUCCUGCCUACACCUUAGCGACCUACUUCCUCGUUCAGGAGCAUGGCAGUCAAAGGGAGCCAGUUUGUGUGCCCUUCCGCAAUUUCGAUGAUUAUGAGACAACCGACGAGUUCCUGGAUGAAAUGGAGAAGCGAUGCUGCUGUGAGCAUGAACCAAGUAUGCUGCAGCUGUUUGAAGACGUCCGGCAGUUCUCGCAUGCCGUGGUCUUGCUCCAAUGGUCGGGUGUCUCUUUCGUGAUGCGCCGCGAGACGGAUGACCUCCAAUCGCUGGCCAACCGCAUUGCUUGGGCGUGGCGGGCAAAGAGGGAAGGCGAAUUACGGACAUUUGAGUUUGUGAUCCAGGUGACAUUGAAGAAGGAUUAA